AUUCUACCUGGUAAAAUGACGGAGGCGUUAUAUUCGCGGUCAGACAGACCGACGGACAGUCAUCGUAGGGAAACUGAAGCGGACCAGCUCAUCAUUCCGCAAAUCACCAUAACACAGCCUAUUCGGAUAGAAGAACGGAUAAGAAGAGAAGUGACGCCGGUAACACCUAUACCGCCGUCACCAGUCGUCAACAACGAUGUAAUACCUACAACGAUGUCCGUACCUCCAGUCCGAAGCCCGCACAUCAGCCCCUCAUGCUCCGCAUCAGCGCUGCAACAGACGGAAACAACCCCGAGGAGGAUUCCGAGAAGUGUACUACAACCACGAAAGAAGAAGUCACACAAGCGAGCAAGGGAACCUGCACCGCACCAGAUCCGCUUGCCAAGAUGGUUGGUAGCUCGCCGCCAAAGGUUGUUAGAAGAGCUCCCUGGUGAGGGAGAUAGGGCUCCAGUUUCCUUAACUGUCGGUUCCAAAAGGACAUCAAACAGAGAAAGACGGAGGUUGCAGGAACAGGAACGAAGAAGAGAAGUGGAUUACGACCAAAACAGCACAAGUACAUCCCUGGGACGUACCCAGGACGUACUACCAGGACAUUCGGAUGUCUUCAGAACAUACGUUUCAGGUCCUGGGACAUCCUUGGGGCGUACCGAGGACGUCUGAUGUUACAAAACCAUCCAUACCCAGGACGUCCGACCAAAACCUCCUUGGAACCUCCGACCAAACCUUUUGGGAUUGUAUUGCUCUCAUGUAGUGUUAUUUUGUUAUUUACUUAUAUUUCAAAUAAAAACUACUUUAUUUAA